AACGCGAAUCAGGCGAGGGAGGAGGGGGAGGCUCGCCUUGAGGAGUCAUUUGCCAGAGGAGCGCCUGAGAUCGGCGGCUCUCCCGUCGGCUUCUCGUUUCUCCCUUUGACUGCGCGCAUGCAUGGGCAGCAGCAGCAGCAGCAGCAGCAGCGACAUUCCAAGCCCUCUGCUCCUUCCUCCUCCUCCUCCCCCCGAGGAGGCGGUGCCGCCUGGCUCCUGCUCUCUCUGUGCCCAAGCCUCGCUCCGGGAUCCUUUCUCGGGAUUGUUCCAUUGAAGGAACGCUCUUUCUUGCUCAGCAUCCCCUCUCGCCGUGCAAUUUAAAUGCAGUUUGACAAAAGGGGGCUGUGACAUCAUCCUCGGUGCUGAAAGGGUGGAAAAGAAGAAGAAAGGACCAGUUUAAAAAGGGGGGGGGGGAAUGCGCGUUGCAUUUGUAACUCCUAUCAUCUAGGAUUCUGCGGACCGAGAGAGAGGGUUUAGAUCGCUCGAGCAACCGCCGAGCGCUCCGGUAUUUAUAUAUCUCUUGCUCGGGUUUCUUUGGAAGGAGCUGGGACCCCCCGUCCUGGCGGGAGUUGAAAUGCUCCCGGGCUGAGCAGGUUGUUUGGUGGGCUUCCGACUUCUCUUGGCUGUGGUUUUAUUAACCUUGGGGGAGUGGGUCGCUUCCCUUCGGGGUGGCUUUUGUGCAGGUCGGGACAAACCUUUUAGAGUGGAUCCUUGUAAAGCUUUGUUUUUGUUUGGGUGGAUUUUUUUAGAGCAUGGGAAUUGUGGAAAGGAGAGCGCCUCUUGCAGAUAUGCCUGGAUGGACUGUUCUCCCUUAUCUUGCCCUCUCCGAACAAUUAUAGUUUCUUUGAACUAGAACCAUCCAGAAUGUUGCAAUAAAUUUUAGACUUUGAAGGGGGGGAAAUAGAUAUAUAUAUAUAUAUUUCGGGGAAAGAAAAAAGGACAGCCGGUUUUAAAAAGAGAGGGGUUGUAUCAACAUGGCCAAGAGUUCAGUCGAGGGGUCAAAGGAGGACUUGACCAAAAUGACGGAAGAGGACAUGUUGCGGUGGAGCAAGGAGGAGCUGGUCAAAAGGCUGAAGAAAGUGGAGAACGAGAAGAUGAACCUGAUGGUCGAGCACAGCAACUUGAUGAAGGAUGUCAACAGGAGGCUGCAGCUCCACCUGCACGAGAUCAGGGGCCUGAAAGAGGUCAACCAGAAGCUGCAGGACGACAACCACGAACUGAGGGAGCUCUGCUGCUUCUUGGACGAUGACCGGCAGAAGGGCAAAAAGCUCUCCAGGGAGUGGCAACGGUUUGGCCGACACACCGCUGGCGUUAUGUGGAAGGAGGUGGGGAUGUACCAGCAGAAGCUGAAGGAGCUGGAGGCCAAGCAGGAGUCCGUCAUGCGGGAGAACGUGGAGCUGAAGGAGAUCGUCCUGAUGUUAGAUGAAGAGAGGAACGGGGCCGGAUCCAGGAGCUCCAUAGACAGUCAGGCCAGUCUCACUAACCUGAACGGAGGUUCCGGAACCCGAGAUGUUGGGGAUGGGAGUAGUACCUCCAGCACCGGCAGCGCAGGGAGUCCGGACCAUCACCACCUUCACCAUCACAAACCUGUGGAGAACAAGGCUGGAGCUAUCAGGAGGUCAAUGGAUGAUCUCUCCGCACCCCUUCACCACAGGAGCAUCCCCAAUGGACUCAGUGAUUCAUCUUCCAACUACAUCAGACAACUUGAAACUAAAGUCAAACUUCUGGAGGACGAUAAUAAACUUCUUUCUCAGCUCGGUGGUCACAACAGUUCGGCGAGAAAGUUCAUUAAGCAAUCAAGCGCUGGGGAUCUGAGGACUCUGAGGAAGGGGUUGUCCCCGUACCACUCGGAGUCACAGCUGUCAUCACUGCCGCAGUAUCAAGAUGCCAUGCAAAAUGGCCCAUCUCGCAUGACUCCAGAUCUUGCACCUUCUCCUGCAGUGGGAUAUGUUCCCCUAAGUCAGAAACCUGAAGCAGUGGUUCAUGCUAUGAAGGUCCUCGAAGUGCAUGAGAAUUUGGACAGGCAGAUGCAAGAAAACUAUGAAGAAGACCUGAGUGAAAAGGAGAAAGCAAUUGUUCGUGAAAUGUGCAAUGUCGUCUGGCGAAAACUGGGUGAUGCGGCAAGCUCCAAGCCAUCUAUCAGGCAGCAUCUUUCAGGAAACCAGUUCAAGGGUCCUUUAUAAGAGCCUUUCCCCUGUGAGGCUGGGAAUGAAAAAGAACAAGAGGAACAGAGACUGCUCUUCUAGCUGCCAGGGUUAUAUAUAUAUUUUCUGUCCUGUAACUGUUUAUAGUGUAAAUAAGGCAGCUAAAGGCCUAACCUGGAGGCUGUGCUGAUCCUGAAAAAAAUGUUUAAAUGGGUUCAUAACUAUCCUCUAAUGGCCAACUUGUGUCAUUUGUCUCGUAGUGAAAAACCUGCUUUUGUCGUACGGUCGUGUGUAGAAAACACCUUAAACCCAAGUGAAUUUCUAGGAGGAAGAAACAAGGAACCUGUGGCAGAGUUACACUUUCUUGCUUUGGCCUGUUUAACCGUGUUGCAGCCCAGCCACUCUCUCUGAGCGUGGUUUUGGGAACACCCAAGUAACAAAAUGAAACACGGGAAUUAAGACCUUCAGUGGCCGAUUCUCUGUACAGAAUCUGCCCCAAGAUCUUUGGCUGAAACAUCUGCUCCAUCGAGCCAAAUGUUAGCCCUAUAGCUCCAAACUACAGCCUGUCCAGGGCUCAAUAAGCAUCCUGUUCUUAUUUCCUCUCUGGGACUGCCAAAAACAAGAGUAACCAAAAAGCGAGGAGAUGGUCGGCUCUCUGGCAGGCCACAGUGUGUGUGGCUGGUGAGCCACCUUCAGCUAGAUGGGUUGCAAAUUUUAAAAAGUCCAAGUGGCAGCUGUUUUAGAUGCAAACAUGUGGCACCUUUCCGCAUUAGGGUGAGCGGCUUGUGUCAAGGAAGCCCCGACAUGUAUGACUAAACUGUUUUCAUGAAGUUAAAAUGCUAAAGCUUUCGACGUAUGUGUGAUCUCAGAGAAAACACUCCCUUUACACAACUUUCUCUCAGAACUGGACAAGUGGGUCUGAUGUAAAGAAUGACCUUGCUCCCAGGUCUCUGAAAGUUGUGUAGUAAAAGGUACAGCUGUGAUCCUCCCACCCAUCCCCAAAGUUAAAAUUAGCUUUUCUAUGCUUCUGUGUCAUUACUGCUUAGGCUGCUGUAAGCUUGUCUUCCUUUAAACCACUCUUCAACUUA